GCGUCGCCACGAUGAAGUUCAAGAGCCCUCCAGUCAACAGCCUCAGCCUGGACUUCCUCACCGAGUUUUGCAUAAGCCUGGAGAAGCUGGAGAACAACCGGGCCUGCCGGGGCGUAAUCUUCACAUCUGCUGUCCCCAAAAUCUUUUCAUCUGGCCUGGACAUCACCGAGAUGUGUGGGAAGAGCACAGAGCACUACGCCGAGUUCUGGAGAGCUGUGCAGGAGAUGUGGCUCCAGCUGUACGGCUCCAACAUGGUGACAGUCGCUGCAGUGAACGGCUCCAGCCCAGCGGGAGGCUGUCUCCUUGCCUUGUCGUGUGACUACAGGAUCAUGGUGGAGAACCCCAAAUUCAGCAUCGGCCUGAACGAAGCCCAGCUGGGCAUUGUGGCUCCCUUCUGGUUUAAGGACACCUUCGUAAACGUGGUGGGACACCGAGUUGCUGAACGCUCCCUCCAGCUGGGCUCCCUCCACGCCGCACCCGAGGCCCUCAGGUUUGGCCUCGUGGACGAGCUGGUGGCAGAGGAGAAGCUCCAGGAGAAGGCUGCAGCUGUCAUGGCGCAGUGGCUGGCCCUUCCUGACCAUGCCCGUCAGCUCACCAAGUCCAUGAUGAGGAAGGCCGUGUUGGACCGCCUGGUAGCUCACCGGGAGGAAGACAUUCAGAACUUCAUCAGCUUUGUUUCAAAAGAGUCCAUCCAGAAGUCACUUCGCAUGUACAUGGAGAUGCUAAAGAAGAAGAAGAGCUGAGGAGCCAGCCGGCCAGAGCCCGGUCCCAGGAGCUCGAGCGACCCUCCGAAACACUGCUGUAGCUGUAGACUUUCACGGUGAAGCCAUCUGCAGCGUCAGCAGUUGGUGACGUGCUGUCUGCUCCUGUGGCCGCCCCAACCGCCCCUUCCCCUUAGUCCCCAUAGAGUGCCUGACGCCACCGCUGCCUUUCCUGAGAGCCGGGAGAGCUGCUCCUCGGCUCCCCUCAGGAACGGACAGGGAGAGGGUCUUGAUGCCGCUGCGUCCCGAGCCCGUCGGUCCUUCGAUGUCCUCCCUCCUGUCCAACAGCUAAUUGUGAAAUGAGAUUUGUCAAUAAAGUCUUUGAUGAGGUAGGA